GUGGACAAUUGACAUUCAAUUGCUUUUUCAAUUUGUUUUUAUUUCCUCUUCUACUUUAUUUGUUUCUCCUUCCGAAGAAAACGCAUUUUGAAUAAUAAUCAGGGAAGAACAAAAGCUACGAGUUCAAAAAUCGAGAAAUCGAAAAUCACUGCUGAUUUUAAAGGGUGUGUGUUGUGUGGAUUUACUACGAUACAAUACGACCACAAACACAAUUGUACAAACGCAGCGCAGUCGGAAAAGGCAGAGAAAAAAGCAGCGGCGUCGGCAAUUCGGCAUUUUAGCUGAAAACCAAAUCGGAGAAUCAGAAACUAAUCAGCCGGCAUAGGCUAUAGCCGAACGCCCGAUCCCGAUCCCAGUAUAUUGCACCCAGAGGAGCCAGGAAAUACAUAAUACCCAUUAUGGAGGAGAACAAUUCCCGAGUGCUGGGACUGCUGGGCGGUCUGGCCAUCGGAAUCGUGGGCUUCCAGGUGUUCCGGAAGGUCCUGCCCUGGAUCUACGCCAAUGUGGUGGGGCCCAAGGUUUUCGGAUCCACCGUGGAUCUUUCCAAAAUGGGCGAGUGGGCAGUUGUCACCGGGUCGACCGAUGGAAUUGGAAAGGCCUACGCGAAGGAGCUGGCUCGCAGGGGCUUGAAGCUAGUGCUGAUAAGUAGAUCCCUGGAAAAACUGAAUGUGGUGGCCAAGGAGAUAGGAGAUAAAUACGGCGUGGAGGUGCGUGUGAUCGAUGUGGACUUCACCGGCGGUGCCGAGAUCUACGAGAAGAUCCGCGAAAAGACCACUGGCCUGAACAUCGGAGUGCUGGUCAACAACGUGGGCAUCAGCUACAGCCAUCCGGAGUACUUCCUGGACUGCUAUAAGGCCGAUCCGAAGUUCCUGCGCGACAUUGUGGCUGCCAACAUUCACUCGGUGACGCACAUGACCGCACUAUUCCUGCCGGGCAUGAUUGCCCAGCGUCGCGGAGUGAUCAUCAACCUGUCCUCCACCGCCGGAGUCAUUCCCAAUCCCCUACUGAGCGUUUAUAGUUCCACCAAGGCCUUCGUGAACAAAUUCAGCGACGAUCUGCAGACGGAGUACAAGGAGCACGGCAUCCUCAUCCAGAGUGUCCAGCCGGGCUUCGUGGCCACCAACAUGUCGAAGAUCCGCAAGGCCAGCGUGUUCGCUCCCUCGCCGGAGACGUAUGUGCGCUCGGCUCUGUCCACCUUGGGCAUUGCCACCCAGACGGCUGGCUACCUGCCACAUGCCCUGCUCCAGCUGGUCAUCCACUUCACGGAGGCCGUUUUCGGAGAGCAGUUCGCCCGCAGCGUGGUGCUGAAGAACAUCCUGGGCACUCGGAAACGUGCCCUGCGCCGCCUGGCCAAGGAGCAGUAAAGGAUUGGGACUCGAUCAAGGAGCCGAAAGCAUUUAUUGGGAGUCACACAGGGGUGGUGAAGAGUUCGUUGGGUUGUGGGGGAAUCUGGCAAGUCAUAUAUGUAGCUUGUGAAAGCACCGCUUGUCAUACGAACAAACAAACAGAAAGCUUGAAAUACCAAAAAAAUGUUUCCCAAAUAAACUAAGUCUAGUUAGUUUUUGUCAUUGAAAAACACUGAAAGAUUCGCAAACAGCCAUGUCAUGUAAACAAUAAAAAAAAUGUGUGCAAACACAAAGUCACUGGAUAUACAUAUAUGUACCCUGUACAUAUGUAUAUCAUGUUUUUCAUCAUAA